UGGAUCUGGAUUGAUAGACAAGAAGCCGCCAUUGUUAAAGCGUAUGUUUUUUAGGCUUAAAUCUUACUAUCCCUAGCGACUGAAAAAGGCUGCGUUCAUCUUCCUCGGGCAAACUAAUCAAGAAAGUCUCGAGCAACUCUCUCUUCCAAUCAGUUCAUAUUGAAGCAGAAAGAACUUUAUCAGGAGCAACAAAAAUGUCGAAAAAAGGUCUGAUGGAGCAAGACUUAAGUAAACUGGAUGUAACUAAGUUGCAUCCUCUCUCCCCUGAAGUUAUAUCUCGACAAGCUACUAUAAAUAUUGGCACCAUAGGGCAUGUUGCACAUGGGAAAUCAACAGUUGUGAAAGCAAUAUCUGGUGUUCAGACUGUUCGUUUUAAGAACGAAUUGGAGCGUAACAUUACUAUAAAGCUUGGAUAUGCAAAUGCAAAGAUAUACAAAUGUGAAGAUGAACGAUGCCCUCGUCCUAUGUGCUACAAGGCAUAUGGAAGCGGAAAGGAAGAUAGUCCUCUUUGUGAUGUGUCCGGCUUUGAAAACUGUAGGAUGAAGUUGCUGAGACACGUAUCUUUUGUAGAUUGCCCUGGUCAUGAUAUUCUCAUGGCUACUAUGCUUAAUGGAGCAGCUAUCAUGGAUGGUGCAUUACUUCUCAUUGCUGCCAAUGAAAGCUGUCCGCAACCUCAAACUUCUGAGCAUUUGGCUGCUGUUGAAAUCAUGCGACUCCAGCAUAUUAUAAUUCUUCAAAACAAGGUUGAUCUUAUUCAAGAGAAUGUUGCCAUCAAUCAACAUGAAGCAAUUCAGAAAUUUAUUCAGGGUACUGUUGCUGAUGGUGCACCAGUGGUACCAAUUUCUGCACAACUAAAAUAUAACAUCGAUGUUGUGUGUGAGUACAUUGUUAAGAAGAUCCCUAUUCCCGAGAGAAACUUUGUCUCGCCCCCUAACAUGAUUGUCAUCCGAUCAUUUGAUGUCAAUAAGCCAGGAUUUGAAGUUGAUGAGAUUAAAGGUGGUGUUGCUGGUGGAAGUAUUCUCAGGGGAGUUUUGAAGGUGAACCAAUUUAUUGAAGUUCGUCCUGGGAUUGUUGUCAAGGAUGAAAGUGGAAACAUCAAAUGUACACCCAUAUAUUCCAGAAUAGUCUCACUGUAUGCUGAACAAAAUGAACUACAAUUUGCUGUUCCGGGAGGUCUAAUUGGUGUUGGAACAACUAUGGAUCCAACUUUGACACGUGCAGAUAGGUUGGUGGGUCAAGUCCUUGGGGAGGUUGGGUCACUCCCAGAAGUUUAUGUCGAGCUUGAGGUAAACUUCUUCCUUCUCCGAAGGCUUCUUGGGGUUAGGACGAAGGGUUCAGAGAGGCAAGGAAAGGUGUCGAAGCUGGCCAAGGGAGAGAUCCUAAUGUUGAAUAUCGGGUCAAUGUCAACCGGUGCUAGAGUCAUAGCUGUAAAGAAUGAUUUGGCAAAGCUGCAACUCACAUCCCCGGUAUGCACCAGCAAGGGAGAGAAGAUUGCACUAAGCCGGCGUGUUGAGAAGCAUUGGCGUCUGAUUGGAUGGGGCCAAAUCCAAGCUGGAACAACCCUCGAGGUUCCGCCCUGCGAACUUUGAGAACUGAUAACAGGUAAACAGAAAGCAAAAACAUCAGUUGAAACGAAGAAUCUGAUAUAUUUUUUUUGUUGGGGUUAAAAAUGUGGGAAGGUAGACAAUAUCUUGGUACUAUUUUUUUCAGGUGGAGAAGAAAACAUUGUUUGGAU